CCAGGUUCAGAUUCUGGAGGCCAUCAGGGAAGAGCUCCAGCCUUUCUACAGUGAGAGGAUCAAGGAGAUCCCCAAGGUUAUGAUCAACUACGUGGAGAAAAUUAAGGAGGUGAACCACAUCGUGAGGAACGAGGGGCCCGUGGAGUCCUCCACCGUCUCGCACUGGGCCCAGCCGCUGGUGCCCACGGAGCCCGUCGCCACCACGGCGGGCUACGCCUCGCCUCUGAGCACGCCCCUCGUCGUGGCCGCGGCGUCGGCGGACGCCACCACGCAGGACGCGCGCUACGACCGGGGAGUGGACAUCAGAUGACAUCACAGCACAACGGUGGCCACCCGAUUGGUUGUUCACUCUAGAGCGAUGCCACUAUGCGAAUGAUUCCUGUGUUGAUCUCAAGGGUGGAGAUCAGAGCCGUCGGAGACUCGCAGCGGAGGGCAGCGGGCAGGUGGUGAUGGCAGUAAAGUCCUGGGAGUCACCUGCGCUGCAGGUGCACGGGCACCCGCACGGGCCCUCUCUCCAGGGGGCAUGACUCGCGCUGCGGUCUCGCCUGCGCGGUGUUGUCGCCUCCCCUUUGUUUGCAAGCGCGGCGGUGAAUUCAAGCGGGCGCACAAUUCGGCGGCGCCGUGGCAAGAAGGCCUCGCGCGCCGCAGCCUCCCCGCGCUCGGCGCUCGGUCGGCGCUGCCUCUCUGCAGUCCUCGUCCGAGCAGUGCCGAAAAGGGCGGGCGGGGCCU